AUGGCUCGAAAAGCAGCCUUCAGCAUCCGAGACAUAGAUGCGCGGACCCUGUGGCCAGAAACGGAUGGGGGUUUGUCCCAGAGUCAGAGCAUCACCCAUGGCAGGGAAGAGGUGGAGCUCCCAGUUCAGCUACUGAGCUUUGCUUCUGCUGAGGGAACAGACGUCAAGACCUUGGGGCCGUGGGUCACUCAGUAUCUGGCUUUCUCGGAGCCCUGCCCGUUCUUGUCAGGGGGCUGUGACUGCAAAUCCAGCCUGCAACUGGUGCGGAUGAAAGGCACUGGCAGGGAAAGUGGAAGUGACUCUGGGGCCAGGAGUCUGCUUACCAAGCCCAAGUGCAUGGCCGCUGAUGGGUCCCACUGCCCUGGCUACACACUGCAGUCACCCAGGGAGCUUCGGAACGUCUCCAUGCCCAGGCUGCCCCCAGCGCAGUCACGUCUGAGUUUACAGAAGACACAGCAGCAGGGAGGGAAAGACAGACAGACCGCGGGUCCCAGCAGAGCCCACGUGGAGCCCAGGUCAGCCUGUGUCUUCAGGCACAAGGCCACGGUGACGGACAGGGAGGCUGGCGCUCUUGCUGGCGCACACACUUCCCUGGCAUGGGAGCUGCAGAAGGUGAAGGAGAAUUUCCACCAGGGGCCGGAGGUGCUGGGGCCCGGCUGCGCUCUGUGCCGACAAGGGAGCCCACCGGUGGUGACCCCCUCGUCCGGAACAAAGACGGUGACUGCCGCCUGA